CUGCCACUGACUGUGGCUGCCAUAUUGAUGACUAAGACACUUCGGGGCUCUCUGGACAAUGGCGCUCUGGAGCUUCCACAAAGGGCUGGGCUAAUGCGCCCCUUUCACUCGUCCCGCUCAGCUGCUGAGUGUGCAAGGCUGGUGGCCGAGCGGUGCGGUGCGGGUCCAGCGGGCCUGGCCCUAUAAAAACACAGGCGGGGGUCUCUCUCCUGACAUUGAUUACACUGGAUCUGUCCCACCUCAGUACUGUCUAGUGAAAACCUAGAGGAAGAAACAGCAACCAUGAACUCUCAACAGAUGGAGCAGAUGGGUCAGUUCAAGAUCACAGUGUGGGAGGAGGAGAACUUCCAGGGCAAGCGCUGUGAGUUCAUGCUUGAGUGCCAGAACAUCAUGGAGAGGGGCUUCAACAAGAUCCGCUCCAUCAAGGUCGAGAACGGACCUUGGGUGGGUUAUGAGUACCCAGAGUUCCAGGGCCAGCAGUUCAUCCUGGAGAAGGGAGACUACCCUCGCUACGAGGCCUGGAGCGGAAACAGCAGCUACAGAACCGAGCACCUGCUCUCUUUCAGGCCCAUCAAGUGCGCUAACCACAGUGACAGCAAGGUGACCCUGUAUGAGUGCGAGGACUUCCAGGGCCGUAAGUUUGAGAUGUGCGAUGACUACCCCUCUCUACAGGCCAUGGGCUGGUGCAGCAAGGAGGUUCCCUCUAUCAAAGUCAACUCUGGAGCCUGGGUGGCCUACCAGUUCCCAGGUUACCGUGGUUACCAGUACAUCCUGGAGAGAGACAGACACCAAGGCGAGUACAGACACUACAAUGAAUACAGCACCCAGGCCCACACCAACCAGGUGCAGUCCAUUCGUAGGAUCCAGCACUAAGCUUUGGCGUUACCAACCCAACCUGACCCGCAAAAAACUCACCCCAAAGCCCUCUUUCCUCAACUCAAACGUGGACAGACCAUCACCCAAGAGCAGCGGAUGGCCAACAUCGUUCUAUCUCUGGCCCUGCAUGUGUCAAUAUUCGAUUAUCUUCUUCUAUUACCGUGCAGUAGCAUGUUCUUGAAAUAGGCAAUAAAGG